UACCAUGCUACUAUUACUAUAAACACACCGCCACAAAAAUUUAAGGUUCUGAUAGACACUGGCCCUACUGAUUUAUGGAUACCUUCGCAGGAAUGCAAUGAAUAUAAUGCGUGCAAUAGACUGAAUAUAUCAAGUAUGAUUAGGAGUAUUCUAUAA